GUGUUAUAGUGUGCGUUUUCGUAUAAAACGACAACAAAAUACAGGAAUGCUUAAUUUUAUUACGAGUUAUUAUUAACAAUAUUAACAAUAAACACUUUUUUCCGCCAGGUAAUGUAGUUUAACAAGCUUUUGUUUGAAAGCAACACAAGGGGAAAUAUCAGUCUAUCAAGUGGCACUGAUAUUGAAUCAAGUCAUGAGGCGGUGCCUAAAUCGAGCACUUUACGACGGCUUCAAACACUGCUCAGCCAGUCUGAUUUUAGGACGGGAACGAUCUGUUUUAUAAAGUGGCUUUUGAGAGAUCGAAGCAAAUGAAACAACUGAUUCUGACAAAUGUAGGAUAUUUUUAAAAACGUUAGAAAAACAUUACAACAGUGACAUCUGAUGGAAAGUCGGUGCUUCUGCUUUGUGCAUGACAAAAAGAGCUUUUCGUGAUAUUGUUAAGAAAUAUUUCCGCACCAGAUAUUAUUCCUGUUUGACCCAUAAUUAUAAAAUGAUACACGUAUGCUUGUUUAACUGAGUCAAAUGUGAAAUAUUAUUCCAUUUAAGUUUUCAUUUAUUAAGGAACUAUAUGUUCAUGCUAUCGUCUAUGUAUGAUAAUCAUGCAUCAUCAGAGAACAGGAUGAUGGCUUUGUAUUUUUAAAUUAAUAAUAACUUAUCCCAUAAUGUUGUGUUUUAUUUGUUGCUUCUGAUAUGUGACUUGCAAUUUAUGCACAUCGCGUUCCAUCACUUUUUUAAAGUUUGUCAGGGUGUGGUAAAUCGGGUGAGGUCACGUUGAUAAUUGGCAUAGAUUUUGGGAUCAGAGAGAAAGAUUAUCCAAUUCCUAUUUGGGUGUGCUUUGGAUCCAAAACAUACUCGACACAGAUCAACACUCUGGACUUCUUUUCGUAAACCAAAACGCGGAAAACCUAUGAAACGUUUUUGAAGCGGUAUGACGUUAAACCUUUUGCUCCGAAGCAAUGUGCUUGAGAUGACUAUAUGCCACAACUGGUAUAAGAACACUUUCAAACAUUAAUUUAGGUACAUUGAUUUAAAAGAUGGGUAAAUAAGUGCUAUGGAGUUUUUUUCCCUUUACGUUUUAUCUUAUUCAGUUUUGCACUACCAGCAAAAAGGACCGAGCUAAACAGGGGACUACAUCGCGGGUCAACACGGGGAACUCGGUAGCCAUUUCCCACUACGAAGCUAACUGCGGCACGGUACGACUAAAAACGACUACCUAGCUAGCAUAAGUGACCUUGCCUUCUACUGUAGUUUAGUCUUUUACUUAUAAUAAACCAGCAAUGAAAUGCAAGUAUAUAGUACACGUAUAACUUUGAACAAUUAAAAUAAGUUUAUGUUGCAGUGGUAAAUUAGGAGGCAUUACUGAAUAAAUGUCUCUCCUACAUAUAUACCUAUAGCCAGUUGGAAGUUGACUUUACCAGCCAUUGCAAGGGCAUGUGUUUUAAAGGACUAAACCAAACAUUGGUGCAACAUACAGAAACAUACGUUUUGCAGAAGGCUUGAUUUACAAUGACAAUUUAAAUAUUCUAAAAUGUUGAAAACCUUAAAAGAUUUUUAUACAAUAUAUCGUUCGUUGCUUGCAUGUUGUCUGUGCGUUUGCGCCAAGGAACUGAUUCCAGGACAAUGAUGUCGCCACCUCAGAGGAGCCCAUCUUCCUCGGUGAAGGACUCGGAGAGUUGUGUCUCAUGCGGUUUGAAGUUGUGUUCGGCCCCUAGUCCUCAACUGUUACCGUGCCUGCAUUCACUGUGCAGAGAUUGUUUUACACUUCCAGAUAAGAUUACAGGUCCAGAAUGCCCUGUUUGUCAAGAGAAAUACAAACUCCAGGAUGUCGUCAGUAACCUUGUGUGUGGUGAGUCCUCUUCUGUUCCCAAAGAAGGCAUCAAGUGUGGGGGUUGUGAAGACUCUUCGGUUACUGGCUGGUGUGAAGGUCUGUGUGCUGUUUGUGUAGCAGCACACAAGAGAGUCAAAGUGGCCUGUCAACAUAAUGUCCAUGCGAUAUCUCCGGAUUUUCCACAUCCUGUUGUUUGUCCCAUUCAUAAGAAGACCCAGGUCAACACUUACUGUCUGACCUGUGACCAGCUAACAUGUAGACACUGUCCACCCUUUCAUCACAGCCACAUGCUGCAGGAUAUCCCUGGAGCGGUGCGUCAUCAGAGGACGCAGGUCCGCCGGAUGGUCCGGAAGGUCCACUACAAGAAGCUGGCGGCUCAGAAGUGUCUGAGCGACCUGGGUGACAGACUGUCUGACCUGGAGGAGCUUGAAAUGAAUGUGAGACUGCAGGUGACGAAGACUGUGGUCAGCCUCUGCAAAGUCAUCGUCAAGAAAGCAGCCAAACUCCUUAAAGAGAUGGAGGAUCUGUGUGAGAAGGAAAGAGAGAAGCUUGUAGACCAAAAGGCAAAGAUCCAGCAUCUACAGAAGAAACAGGAGCACGUGUUGGCCUUCGCAGAUAAAGCUCUGGGCUCCCAGGACCGCACGGUUCUGCUGUCCUGCAAAAGACAGAUUCACCAUCAGCUUCAGCACCUCCUAGAGCAAAACGUCUUUUCCAUACCUACUGUGAUGGAGCUCAAAUUCCAGUGCAAUUUGGCUACUGUUAAGAAAGCACUCAAAGCCUUUGGGUGUAUUGUGGCCUGUGAAGUACCAUCAGCCUCUUACCAAAAUCCCUCCCCCAGUAAGAACACAACCGAUUCUUUACCUCACUCAGUCAGCCUACCACAGUCCCACAGGCCACAUCAUUUUCCUGAAGCCACUCCUCCUUCUCCUAAAACCUCCAAUCCCCCAAUCCGUGCUCGUCUCCGCUUGGCCUCUUCUGGCCAGUAUUCUAAGUACCCCAAGAUGAAGCGGCCAUGGUCCUACCACCCCUACCACCCCAGCGACAGCACCCAACCUUCCCAGGCCACCGACAAAUCUCUCAUGCCAAAAAAGGUUUCCCUUCCAUCCAGCAGCACUGCUGCAUCACAACUGAUUCCACAUGCCGCUUCGUUCCUUUGUGCUUCCGCACCUGCACAACCGACUCCCUCUGCAACUCCGCUGGCAGUAGCCUCUGACCCCACCCAGACAUCUUAUGGAAAAAACACCAAUAGUCCUUCUGUAGGCUCUCACCAAAACAAUAGCUGCUUAGAUGGGGAUCUGUUGAAGCAAACUGGCGAUCUUUCACCUGCUGAACCUAGUUUUAGUCCUUUGCGUGUUUUGCAAACUACAGCUGACUCUACAUGUCUUAGUGUGCCCCCUAAUGGCAGUGUGAGGAGUGGGGAAGAAAUGGAGCCCACAUUGACUGUGCCUGAUGCACCCAUCAGGGACCUGCUAAUCAGUGAAGGCACCAGCCCAGUCCUUAUCCAGGCAACGCAGGACAGAGGACUGAUGGUUGGUCACACUGUCAGAGAGUUGGAAUUUACCACAAGCCCAGACUGCCACUGUUUCCCUCCAGAAAGUUCAUCAGCCAAAGUGCUUUUGAACAGCUCUGCAGAUGCACCAAAUUCUAACAGGCUCGAGGAACAGUACAGCUCUGUUUCUGCAGGUUUUCCACAGUUUUGUAUAAAGAGUAGCCCUUCUACUGCACCCUCACAACCAAACAUUAUCUUGUCAGGAAGUGACAUCAAAAGGUUUGAAGCCAACAGUUGCAUACUAGCUGCUCAGAGCCCAUCUACUGCUGUCUGUCAGCCACAGCACACCAGUCAGCAUGAGAAUGCUGUGGUCAGUCUGCACCCAGGCAUCAAUGUCCUACAGGAAAGUGAGGAGUCUCUUGAGGACAGUUUAAAAACAACGUGUGUGACAUCAACGCUAACAAAGGACAACAUUCACUCUCUCUCAGCCGACCAUGUCAAGUUACCAAAGACAGGUGUCCCUGUUAAAGAAGAAAAGGUCAAUACAGAUGUCGGCCUGGCGGUUCCAGACUUGGUGGACAGCUACUGCUUUCCUGUAGAGGAGGAAGAUGAGGAGAAUGUUACAGCUUUAUUAAAGAUCAGAAAUAAUGAAGGCAAUCUUGUAGUUCUGGAGCCACUGGGGAGGGAUUGGCUGCCUGAUGUGACAGUCUGCCGUUUGUCCAUUCCUGAUUAUGCAUUGUGUUCUCCCGCCCCUGUAUUGCGUGUCUUGCCAAGAGAGGGAAGCAAUGAUUUCCAGCUUGGUGUGAUCCAGGAGGCUGAACAGUCUCCUGCACUGCACCCCACUCUUAUUGCUGGGUGCCCAGACAUCUCAUGCCUCCUGUUGGCCAACCGGCUGAACUGCGCUGCAUGCAAGCUCCCUGGCAUACUUGUCCAGUGCUGCAUGUGCCGCAGAUCUUUCCACAGAGAAUGUCACAUACCGCCAGUGACCAGCUUAAUCGAUGCUAAGCAGUGGCAGUGUUUGCUGUGCAGAGAUCCGUCUAAUACUGAAAACCUUGAGUUGUACCCAGAAUGCAAUGGCCUCCCGAAUCUCAGCAUGCCUGAUCAGAGGAAAUGUGAAUAUCUCCUACUCACUCUCACUUGUAAUAAGCAAAGCUCAACACUCUACAGAUCAGUUAAGAUGUCCUCUCUCACUGACCACUACAUCGAUGUGACUCUGGUCCGAGGGCGUCUUCUGCGCAAACUAACACCACCCUACCGCACGCCUGCCGAGUUUGUUAGCGAUGUCUGGCUUCUCCUCAGCACUCUGCUCCAGUCCUCCCAGGAGGCGCAACAUGUGAAGGGGCUUCAGAGGUUAUUCUCUAAAGCACUGCGCCGCGUGUUUGGCCAGAGUCUUCACCCGUCCCUCCUCAAGGAUCCGUUCCGACGAGAAAGGGAGCGAAUAGCAACUGAGGGAAAUGCGUGAAUUCCCAGAAAAAGAACGUUUAAAUGCAUAACUUUUUUGUACGAAUGUUUGAGGGGUUUUUUAAACUUUUAUUACUUUAUGAUCACGUGUGAUGGGUGGAAUGGGCUUUAUUUCUGAUCGAUUUUUUUCACUUAAAUAAACUGCUUACAAAUAUGUUA